UAUGCGCUCAACUGUAAUUCAAAACCAAGAAGGCCAGGGUAGGGCGAAGCCUGGCGGAGCGAGACGUGUAUCCCCAAAGAAAGAAAAGAAAAACAACAGCCGUGCAUUGCAGUCAUUUGAAAGGAUAUGAUUUGCGAGCUUUGACUCGACUUCUGUAUUUCCAGAUAAUAUUUCCAGACAUGUGAACGAUUCAAUAUGUGCAGCAGCUGUCAGGUGUGAUGAAAGUCACGGACUGCAAAGGACAACAAUCAUGGUUUUGAGGAAUUGAUCUUUCUGGAUAAAAAGGCCAUCGUAUUUACCACUGUUCAGGUUAAUGGAAAACCAGAUCUGCAAAACAUGCAGAUGAGUCAGACAGUGCACAUGUGAACGGGAUAGCUUCUGUGGAGAGCCCAUGUGGAGUUAACACAGCCAAAAACUGAGAACCAGCUUCAACCAUGUCUCUAUCGACGGUGCUUGCAAAGGCACUUUUUGACAAUGCCGCUGAAAGCCCAGAGGAGUUAGCGUUCCGCAAAGGUGAUAUCCUGAUGGUUCUGGACCAGGAGCAGGACGGCGGUCCAGGGUGGUGGCUUUGCUCCCUGCAUGGCCGACAAGGCAUUGCCCCUGCCAACCGAUUACGCCUCCUCCAAACUGCUCAGACUUCUGCUUCAAGCACAGGUACAGAUACCCGACGAGCUCCUAGCGUGGACUCAGCCCAUCUAUCAGCUAGCCAGCAGGGUAGGGUAAAUGGACUGGGCACUGAAGACUCAGAUGGGGUGUAUCUCUCACCACCUAGCUUAGCUGAAGGGGUGUACCAGAGCCCUGGGGCUGCUCCUGCCCCAGUCAGGCCUGGAGAGUUACGUCAACCUGAUGGAGGAAGGCCACGAUCUCAUUCUAGUUCUGGAACCAGGCCUCGUCCCGAUUGGGGGGAUGUGGGUGCGGCAGGACGACCCCGCUCACCCUCACUUAGAGGACGGAAUGGCGAGUCAGGGACCCUCUACCAGACACCCACCUCACCUGCGCCAAUGGCGGCGCAACACAGAUCACAAGGUGCAGUGGCAUCCGAUUCGGUGUACCUGACUCCAAGUGCUGUUCCCCGGUCUGCAGCCGAAACUGCAGGGGAGGCUAGGUAUUUAAGUCCACGAGACACAGGGGCGGGUAAUUCCGAUGGCUGCUACUUGGUGCCUAGACCAGCUGUUGCUGCACUGACCAGUGAGAAUUUAUAUCAGACUCCAAGUGGUGCCACACAAGUGACAGGACAGUGUGCACCGGGAAUAACUUCAAGACUUACAGAUGGGAUUGCACCCAAAAGCAGCCCAUCUUCUUCCAUUAGUCCUUCUCAGAGUAAGACUGGCCAGGAUGCCCCAGGGAUGUACCAAACCCCAACCCCACCUGGCGGUGCCAUAUCAAGGACCCCUCAAUCUGACCGCAAACACCCCGCUGCAACUCCAUUAGCGUCUGGAUCCUCGACACCAACCCAGAAUCUUAAACAGACACCUCCCUCUGUCCGAGGAUCCCAAAAGGGUGCUGCUUUAACUCCUCCUGUUGGUCGAGGAAAACUGAGAGAAUCACCUCUACUCACAAGGGCGGGAAAAUCCGGAGUACCAGGGUCUCCAAACUUUGGCCGCAAGCCCCCUCCGCCAGCACCUCCUGUCAGAAGCGUGACCCGGAAGGAUUUACCUCAGUCUAACUCGGUUCCAACCACCAAACCUGUUCUCCAGGCCAGCCCUGUGCCCCCACAGACAAACGUGCUGGAAGAAGAGAGACAGGGAAGUAAAAAUGGAGGGGACGAGUUGAAGAAGAACAGUGAAUCGGUGACCAAGAGGGAGAGUGCAAGUUCUCAGGAUGAGAAACUCUGUGAGGAGGUAUAUGAUACACCUCCAACAAAUAGGUGGCAGCAUCCAAUUCCUGCAGUGCCUUCUGAGGAGGAUGAUGGGAUCUAUAACACUCCUCGUGCUGUACCCCUACACACCGAUCAUGCCUCAGAGAUUUAUGAUGUUCCCACUCUGGCCCUGAAUUCCUCUUCUGACCAUCAGCAGCAAACCUACAAUAUUCCAGGAUCAGCUGCUGCGGCUGGAGAUGCAGAGGAUGAGGAUGUGUACAGUGUUCCCAGUCUUCCUGGUUUGCCACUGGAGGCAAGCGAAAUGGUGGGAUUAACUGCAGAAACUGCUGGAAGCGGACGUACAUAUUCGAUUUCCAGUCCUAGAAAGCAAGACUUAACCUCUGAAGAUGUUUCAGAACCUGAUGGAGGCAUCUAUGACAUGCCUGCCCUCACUCUGGAAAUCCCAACACGCCGUUUAUCUGUGUCGAGCACCGGCUCCGGGGACAUCCAGUGGAAAGCGUCUCUUUCUGCUCUAGUCCAGUCCGCUCUGACCUCUGCUUCUGUCACCACCACCCCAUCCCGAGACCUCGCCUCUGCAUUGGCUGAGAUCCUUUCUGUCUGGAAGGCUGGGCAUGUUGGUGAUAUUCCUCCAGUUCUCCAGCAGGCUUGGUCACGUCUCUCAGACCUCCUUCCUGCCCUUUCGGUGUGCGGUACUGCACCUCCAGCCGACGGUCUGCUCACGAUGGUCCGCUGUGCCCUUGAAGACUCAGUCUCCCUUUUACAGAGUCAAGCACGUCCUCGUUUACCUUCCCAGGAGUCUCUGUCAAGGAGACCUCUGCCUGCUUUGCCGGUGGCAGAGGUCAAACCGAUCGCAGGAGACAUGGGAUCACGGAAGGGCAGCUGGAUCCAGGAACGACCGCUGCCUCCUCCGCCACCCGCUGCCUUCCCCUUGCCUCCGGUUCCAGUUUCUUUAGCCCCUGCUAUGGGAAGAACAGAGGAUGAGGAACAAGGGAACGAGUAUGCUGGAAUCGGCCUGACUCCUACACCACCAUCAUAUCCUGUAGGUGAUAGUGUGGGAUACGUCAAAUUGCAGGGGAAGCCAGAGCCUCCACCAGACACCCAUACAGAGCACGGUUCUUCACAGCUUAUCACCACAACUGAUAAUAAACUGAGUCCUUCACCCCCAGUCUCUAUGUCUCUGGAGGAUUCAGAGCUGCUCUCCUUCUACUCCUCUCAAAGUCUCUCUCAUCUUUCUUGCCUGGCCGAUGCCAUCGAUUCCCUGUUCACAAGCGUCCAAGGGAACCAACCACCCCGAGUCUUCGUUUCCAGAGGGAAAAGUCUCAUCGUGACCGCACACAAACUCGUCUUCAUUGGAGAUACACUUGCACGCCUUCUCAGCUCUUCAGACCUCAGAGCAAAGGUCACCACCUCCAGUGGACGCCUCUGCCAAGCUCUGAAGGCUGUUGUCGUGGCAACCAAGGGUGCAGCCCAGAAUUAUCCUUCAGUCCCUGCCACGCAAGAAAUGGUGGACAGAGUAGCCGAUCUAUCCCAGCAUGCAGCUGGUUUCUCUGGGCUUUUGCAGCGAUUAGCUGAGAUAUCUUGAUGUUAUUUGUGAACAGUUUAAACUUUGUUUUCACAGUGGAAUGCCUUAUUAUUUUUUUUAUAUGUUUCUUUAUUGGUCACUGCUUGUAUUGGUCCAACAGUGAUAAAAUGAUCAGUUGGUGAGUAUAUGUUGGAGUGUAUCUGCUUGCCUGUGUUGGUUUUGACACUUUGGCGUUUCUUUAUUUCUUUUUUUUUUUUUUUGUGGUGCCAAGCACACUUAAACGUUUUAAUAACUUAUUGAUGGAUGUUUUGUUUGAAGAUGUUUGCAACCUCAGGCACAUUUUAAUAGCUUUAUUUUGUCCCCUUAACAAUAUCGACAUCAAUGAGGUAAAAGUGAACUCCUAUAUUUAAGGGUGCUCUUGUAAACUGGUCUAAUUAUUCAGUUUGUUUGUAAAUGUGAAGUGGCCUUGGUGUUAUAGAGAUUGAAGUGACUAAUUUGACAGCCCAGGAGGUUUCAGUUGUGCUGCACAUGUAACCAAAACAGAUAAAGCUAACCUAGUUUCAAAUGUUGAAUAAGAAGGAAUGCUUGACAUGAAGAAAGCCAGUACUUUUUGAAUAAGAGAUUGAACAAUUUGGUGAAUUUUUGGGAGAGAUAACAGUUUUUUUGUUCCCACAUGCUGAUUCAGAGAUAAACCUGUCUGUCAGGUCCACUCUUUCUUCACACACUUUGUUUCGCUCACUUAUUUUUUCCUUCCCGUAAUUCUCACACUCCCACAUUUGGUUUCUUCACAUGCUCACGAAGGCAGCUUAAUGGUGAAGCAACAACUAUCUCUUGCACAAUAAAUAUCAUACAGGGUUUUUGUUUUCAAAUAGGCUAUGCAGCAUUUCUGAAAACAGCAAUAUAUAUCUAGUAGCUUCCAUAGUGGCAGUUGAAAUGCUGGUGCUUACAAUAACUUGUACUGGAACAGGUUUGGCUCUAGCCAAAUUAAGCUUUGUGUAUCUUACCUAUUGAACAAUACUUACACAGGUUAAAACAUGCACCUGUUUCCCUCCUGUCUUGAAAAAUCAAGUCGGUGUCAUAAACGUACCGUCAUGUUUACGAGACGCCCUCAUAGUCUGCAUCUCAAAGCCCAUUCCUCCAUCUGUUAAUUCCUCCAUCUGCUCUCUUUCUCUGGCUCCUUCCCCCAUCUUUGUAAAUACCCACAUCUCCGCUUUUUAUAUUCAGGAUAUACAUGUUGGCUAUCAGUACAAAGCUAUCAGUGUUAUUCUAGCUGCUUGAUAUUGGUUUGACUGGUUCAUUACAUUUUUACAGUUAUUGACUCUUGCAAUUGAGUAAUUCAGCCAUAAAAAAUGUCAGAAUUAAAAUCUCAAGUAGCCUUCCCUUUAUUACUGCCUUUAAACAAACAAAAAAAAAAGUGGCCUUUUUAGUUUUUGCAUAUUUCAUCAGUCCUGUCACAAAGGAUGCAGUGGACUUAGUGUUAAAAAGUGCUGAAAAGUCCAAAUAAGUGAAUUGAAUUUGGUUAAUUUAGAUGGUUUACUCUGGUGUUGGUGUUUUAGUUGACUCAAAGUGCCAUCUGGUGGACUUCAUCAGUAUUACUACACAAACUACUUGGAUACAUAAAAAAAAAUAAAACACCUCAACAGGUACUUCAGAGUAUACUUACAAACAUUUUCUGGUAAUCUUAAUCAUUUUUGCUUUUGAAUGAGCUCUCCUGUCAUUCUGUACAAAAGAACUGUGUAUAUAAACAGACAAUUAUACAGUAGUCCUCAAGCAAGAGUCCCUCUCAAAAAGCUCACUUAUCUUAAGUUCUUAAAUUAAGUGCUUAUAGUAAUGCUUAGAGUUGAUGGCCCUAUAUAGUUAUAUUUAUUUGAUUUUGUUAAUCAAAUGUCUGCAUGGCUUUAAGUUGCUUAUUAAAGAAAUAUAUGCACACAUAACCAGGGAUGUUUCAUGCAACUUUGCGAAGUUUGCUUUACGAAUGUGAUUUUUUUUCUCCCCCCAUUUCAUUUGGUACCAGAAUGUAUUUUUGACAUGCAUAUUUUGUGCUUCUUUACACUAUGUUGAUGUUCAUUUUGACAUUUUGUUUGUAAAACACACUCCACAGGUAUUUUGCAUAUAGGGAAUCUUUGGUACUUGUCAAAUGGUGAGAUUCUUUAAAAUACAUUUUUGUU